UGGAGAAACAGGGAUCAUCAUGAAUGGAUGCAACCAGAGCGACCUCUGGAGGAGCUGCAGGGAACUCAGGCUCACUUCCAGCACCAGGGGUCAGCAGUUUCAUGUGAAGUGAAACCAAACUACGAGGCUUCGGCUCCUCCAAUCACCGUUCACCUCGCUCCGCCUUCCAGCCAAUAGGAAGCGGCCGCUGCGUUCGGUGUUGUCAGUUCAGCAGCGUGCUCAUCAUGCGUGGAGUUCUGCGGUUUCCGUGGUUCCGUCCUGCGUGUUGAUCCCGUCACGAUGACCGGAGUCUGCAGGGAAGUCAUCACGCUGCAACUCGGACAUUAUUCCAACUUCGUGGGAACCCACUGGUGGAAUUUACAGGAUGCGUCUCUGUGCUACGACCCGGGGUCGGCGCCGCCAGAGGUCCAGAGCGACUCCGUGUUCCGGGAAGGACAAACUCCAGGCGGCAGCGUCACCUACACGCCCCGACUCAUCGCCAUGGAUCUUAAAGGAAGUCUCCGGACGCUGCGGCAGGAAGGAAGUCUGUACGACCCCGCAGGAGCCACAGGAGCAGCUGUCACCUGGGCGGGGAGCGUCACCGUGCACAAGCACAGCCAGCUGGAGAAGAACUGCUUCCUUGAGGAUCUGGAGAGGCUGGAUAAGGGACAGAUCCUGGCUGAGGCAGAGUUCUGCUCCACAUCGCAGCUGCAGCGGUCCGGUCCGCUGGCCGUGGACUCGUUCAACAGCCAGCUGACCCGGCUCCAGAAGAACUAUCGUCUGGAGGGCAGUGUGACGGUCUGGUCCGACUUCCUGCGGCUCCACCUGCAUCCCCGCUCCGUUGCCGUCCUCCACCAGUUCAACCAUGACGGCGAGGCUCAUCGCCUGGAGACCUUCGGCCAGGGCGAGUCUGCCCUGCAGGGGGCGCUGCUGGACGAGCUGGAGGACAGGCUGCACUUCUUCGUGGAGGAAUGCGAUUACCUGCAGGGUUUUCAGGUCCUGUGUGACCUGGAGGAUGGGUUUGCAGGCCUGGGGUCAAAGGUCACAGAGCUGCUGCAGGACUCCUACGGUGGGCGGGGUAUCCUGACAUGGGGCGUGGCUCCAGUUGUCCACCGGGACUCGACUCCCGCCAAGGACCGGUACCACCUGCUGAACGCCGCGCUGGGCACCGUCAACAUGGCCGCCCACAGCUCGCUGUUCUGCCCGCUCACGCUGCGGGGGGCGCUGGGCAGGCGGCCGCCGCCCCCGCCUCUUUUCCCCCUGCUGUCCUACGAUCCCGCCCUCUGGUACCACUCCAGCGCCGUCCUGGCUCUGGCCCUGGACGCCCUCACCGUGCCCUACCGGCUCAGGAACAACAGCGCCCCCAUGUGGCAGGUGGCGGACUCGCUGGCCGUGUCGGGGAGGAAGGUCGUGGCCGCUUACGGCGCUGUCCCGUUUCCCAUGAUGCCCGGCGGCUCCCUGCCUGACGCCCUGAGGGCCUGUGCUGACGCGUUGCCAUGGAAACCUCUGUCGGCUUGCCCCGAGGCGGCCGCGGGUCGAUGCUACGGACAGUGGAGCACGCUCAGAGGCUUCCAGGGCCAAAAGCUCAUCAGCCGCCUCUCUCCAGGAAUUGAACCACCGACUCCUCUGCACGGCCUCCGCAGCGGGGAGGACGUCUUGGCCGCCUACCUCUCCUCCUUCUACCCCUCAGCUCCUCUGGUGCUGCAGCUGGUCUCCGCCCCCUGUAAACUGACUCCGCCCUUCCCUCAGAUCUUCAGCCCAGCGCUGGACGCCCAGGGCUUCAUUCGCUGCGGGGCGCCCCCGGCAGGCGGUGAGUUUUGCGGUCUUUGUCGGUGUGGACGGCAUCUCUGUCUGAACCGUCUGUCCUCUGCAGCGCCGCCGGUCUCGUCCGUCCCCAUCCUGACGUCGCUGCAGUCCGGGACCGCUUUGCGCCCGUUUCUGUCUGACCUGCAGCGCGCCGCCGCCACCUUCGACGUGCGCCGCCGGGCCCCCAGCUUCCUGUCCCAGGGGCCCGAGAUGGCCGACUACCAGGAGGCGCUGGAGGAGCUGCGCCUCCUGGGCCGCUGUUACCAUGACGACAGCGGCGGCACCGCGCGCUCGUCCUCAGAGGACGACGACGACGACUGAGGAGCGCGCUCCGAUUGGUGAAGGUUGCAGCUUGGAUCAGAACCGGUCCAGAUGGGUCGGCUUCCUGCAUCUCCUACAGAACCAGGGAGACGGACCCGUCUCCACCAAGCAACAAUCGUCAGAUCGGACCGGACCGGACCGGACCGGGUCGUCUGCUGGUCCACAGACAAUAAACCAAACAUGAAAACUUUGAACUCAAGUUUGAAUGAAAUAAUGUGCUGGAAAGAUUCAGCAUGAAGUUCAGGGAGGAACUGGAUGAAGAUUAAAUUUACAGAUUAAACUUAGAUUGAAAGCAGACAACGGCUGUUGGUCCGCCUUCACUCUGAUUGGACAGACGGUUCAAACCGUCCAAUCAGAGGCUGGAUGGAUCAGCAUAAAGGUGUAGUUAUUGAAUAAAUCUGGGAUCAGUUUUCCAGGAUCCACUCUGGAUUUUUCUGAUUGGUCAGUUUCCUGCUUCAUUCUGAUUGGUCCCAGCUGUUUUACCUGAACACUCCCACAAACACCUGGAUCACCUUACUGCUCAGCUCCAGGUUAGCUAAACCAGCAGCAGGCCAAGUUGAACCUGAGUUUAAGGAAACUGGCUUUUGAUUCAUAAAUGUUAGCAUGGUAACAGAAUAGCAACAGAACCGAAACAUCCAGGAAUAAACCUGGAAAAUCAGAAAUUCCCAGGAUUACUGGGAAUGUGAAGCUCUGAUAAAACUAUACAGUGAUAUGAAAAAGUUUGGGCACCCAUAUUAAUCUCUAAAUAUUUGGAUGUUUGCAAUAACUAUUUCAGUUUGACAUAACCAGUAACUUAUGGACACAGUAACAUUUCAAUAUUGAAAUGAGGUUUAUUGGACUGAAAGAAAAUGUGCAGUACACAUAAACACAAAAUUUGACAGGUGCAAAAAUAUGAGCACCUCAACAGAAAAGUGACAUUAAUAUUUAGUAGAUCCUCCUUUUGCAACAAUAACAGCCUCUAGUCCAGGGGUGUCAAACUCCAGUCCUCAAGCUGUCCUGCAGGUUUUAGAUGUGCCACACUACAAAACACAGGAAUGGCUCAAUUACCUCCUCCUUGUGGACAUCAGUUCUCCAGAGCCCUGCUAAUCUAUUAUUCUAUUCAGGUGCAGCAGAGAAACAGCUAAAAGUUGCAGGACACCGGCCCUCGAGGACUGGAUGUUGACACCCCUGUUCUAGUCGCUUCCUGUAGCUUUAAUGAGUUCCUGGAUCCUGGAUGAAGGGAUUUUUGACCAUUCCUCUUUGCAAAACAAUUCCAGUUCAGUUCAGUUUGAUGGUCGCCGAGCAUGGACAGCCCGCUUCAAAUCAUCCCACAGAUGUUCAAUAAUAUUCAGGUCUGGGGAUUGGGAUGGCCAUUCCAGAACAUUGUAAUCGUUCCUCUGCAUGAAUGCCUGAGUAGAUUUGGAGUGGUGUGUUGGAUCAUUGUCUUGCUGAAAUAUCCAUAGCUUCAACUUCGUAACUGAUUCUUGAACAUUAGUGUCAAGAAUCUGCUGAUAUUGAGUGGAAUCCAUGCGACCCUCAACUUUAACAAUAUUUCCAGUACCGGCAUUGGCCACACAGCCCCAAAGCAUGAUGGAACCACUACCAAAUCUCACAGUGGGUAGCAAGUGUUUUUCUUGGAACGCCUUUUUUUAUGACCAAACAACUCAAUCUUUGUUUCAUCAGUCCACAGGACCUUAUUCCAAAAUGAAGCUGGCUUGUCCAAAUGUGCUUUUGCAGACCUCAAGCGACUCCGUUUGUGGCGUGCUUGCAGAAAAGGCUUCCAUCGCAUCACUCUCCCAUACAGCUUCUCCUUGUGCAAAGUGCGCUGAAUUGUUGAACGAUGCACAGUGACACCAUCUGCAGCAAGAUGAUGCUGCAGGUCUUUGGAGGUGGUCCUUGACCGUUCUCACCAUUCUUCUUCUCUGAUAUUUUUCUUGGCCUGCCACUUCUGGGUUUAACAUGUACUGUCCCUGUGGUCUUCCAUUUCCUUACUAUGUUCCUCACAGUGGAAACUGACAGAUUAAAUCUCUGAGAUAACUUUUUGUGUCCUUCCCCUAAAUAACUGUGUUGAACAAUCUUUGUUUUCAGAUCAUGAGAGUUGUUUUGAUGUGCCCAUGAUGCCACUCUUCAUAGGAGAUCCAGACUGGAGAGCAACUUGCAAUCGGCCACCUUAAAUACCUUUUCUCAUGAUUGGAUACACCUGGCUAUGAAGUUCAAAGCUUAAUGAGGCUGCCAAACCAAUAUUUUGUUUCAGUAAGUCAGUGAAAAGUAGUUAGAAUUCUAAUCAAUAAAAUGAUAAGGGUACCCAAAUUUUUGCAUCUGUCAAAUGUUGUUUUAAUGCAUAUUACCCAUUUUUUGUUAGUACAAUAAACCUCAUUUCAAUACUGAAAUAUCUCUGUGUACAUCAGUUAUUAGAUAUAUCAAACUGAGAUCGCUGUUGCAAACACCCAAAUAUUUAGAAAUAAAAAUAAAGAUUAAUAGGGCUGCCCAAACGUUUUCAUAUGACUGUAUGUCUGAUGAAUCAUUCAGCAUCGUUCUUCAGAUUACCAACAUGUUCAGAUUACAGACAUUACUGCCGACUCAUCACAAAUCAUCACUGUAGUGGAAACGUCUGAUGUUUUUCUUAAAUUUCACCUGAAAGCCAAAUAACCUGAACUUUUUCAGCCACCAGAACAUUAAUAUCAAAUAGAAUCAUUUACUGUGUAAAAUAUUUGGUUAUUCUGACUAAAGUUUCCUGUUUUUACUUCACAAUAAAUGUUGAGUUUCCUGCUAGAGA